UGCAAUCAACACAGUGAGUGGAUACUGUCAAUUUCUCAGGCUUUGAUCUCUGGUUUUGUUUUGAUCUCAAGUUCAAGUUCAAGUUGGAUCUGAUAUGACCAAAUGGGACUACAAUACCUUAAACGGAUUCUGGAUUACAACUUUGGUUUGUGAGGUAACCGGUAGCACUGUCACAAUGAGGCUCGGGAUUAUUAUCAUCGUUUCCAUAGCAACCACAUCUUGCAAUUCCAUCAAAGAAGAAUCGUCCGACGGACAGGCGCCAACGACGAAUGAGAGUGUAUCGGUUAGAAACGAACCAAAACAACAAAAUUUCACGUACGAAGUGACAGCAAAUCAGCGGAAACACGUGGAAAAAAUUAUUGAAGGAUUUGAAGCGUUGGGGGUGAUUUCAGCAGAAAACAAACAGAGCUGCUUCACGCUUUCUAGGAUUGGAAAAUAUGAGACGGACGAAAAUGGGACUAAACGGAUACAGAUUUUUAUGGUUUUUGACGAGUUAGCGCAAUAUACGAUCUUGGGGAGUACCGUGUCACCUGACCAGGUGCGGGUCAAUGGCAAUUCGGAGCAGACACGAAUAGGGAGUACAGAGGAAUGCUUAAAAUCGACGGCUGGGGCAGUUUUAGUGGAUACUGUUACAGAGGCUCGUGGUAACGAGACAGAAGCAGAAGUGGAUGAUUCAGAAAUGGAUAAAAAUAUUACGGCGUUUGCCAAGCAUGAUGGGGAUACGGUAGGAGAAAUUAAAGAAUUGACCCUGACCCAAACUAUAGCGAUCGCGUUUUGCACAACGAUUGUUGGCUUCAUAUUUAUUGGUGCGGCCGGUAUUCGAAUACGGAACUACAUCAAAAGGGUACGGGAAGAGCGAGAGUCCUCCCGACAGCCAGCAUUCAGAAGUUGCAGCGUGGCGUUGAGGACAGGCAAUAAUCAAAAUAGUGACCAGGGAGAAGAGGUGUCACGCAAGGAGUCGACUGGGAGUAAAACUAGCAAACAGAGUAACCAUGGCAACAAACAAACGGUGACGAUAAACUAUGGCGACCAUAAGGACGAUUUGGAGGAGAACCCCUUACUCACGGUAACGUCAUUAUCUGCGCCCACCUCGCCCGUGUUUAUCCGUAACGAAUUUUCGGAACUGACUGAAAAAGAUCCCGAAAACGGCGAGGAGCCAAGUGAAACAGAGAAGGAGCCAGAGAUGGUAUGCAAUGACAACAACGAUGACGAGGAUGCAGAAAGCGACAACGAAGGAGAAUAUGAAUGUGAGAUGGCGCCACUUGUCAAACAGCCAACGAUCUUGGAGGACAUCAGCGAGGUCAGCGAACACUCGUCACCCGCAAGGCACAGCAUCAGCAUGAUGGAGGAAACGUUACUACAACACGUAAACAAUAACGCGUUGCCGUCGGUGACGAUACCCAAACCACCGGACCAUGUCGUGGUCAACGUCAACAAUCCUCAAAACGAAAGCGCCCCCUAUAAUGAUCCUGGGUUACCAGGGUUAGGUUUGACUACUUUGACACAGUCGGACUUGAGUGUUUCGUCGUUGAAUCCUUCAUACAAAUACGGAAAUCAGACGGAAUAUAUCAGCGGAGGGGGGUACGGUAACUUCGCUUACUCUCCAGUUGAGGAGGUUCAUAUCCCAAUGCUACAAGACGACAUUGAACAAAAAAUCCUCGAGAGCCCUGACUUGCCUGACCCACCAAACUUUGCUUUCUCACCUAUUGUCCCAAUCCCGUGUUUAAAUUCACCGGACGAAAGCCACAAUGGUAUUUUGAACAGUUCAUCUUCGGACGAGACGUCACCGACAAGUAGUUCGUCGUCACGAGAAUCGAGUGAUUCGUCACCUCGUGCGAGCAGACUCGAACAGGAUCCGCUCAGUGACUAUUCGUUUUAUCAGCAAAGUAUUAGCGACCGUUUGAAUGAAAUGAAUGACGAGUUAUUUGACGAUAUGUUAGGCCCCGACGAGGACCGUAGCAUCAAAAUGGCAGAGUUGUCUGAAUUCUCGUCAUUACCCACAAUUCCCGAAAGUAGUCGGGAAAAUACGGACGCAGAAGACUAUGAAGCCAGGGUUGAAUAUCCAUUGGCUCGUAACUCCUGGAUGUCAAAUCGCUCAUAUUCAUCGGAUUCUCAUGAUUCUCGAGGCCGGGCCGCAUCACAGCCCGUUGAACAAAAAUAUCCUUCCGCAAACAUUAACGGGUCAGUUCCAAAAAAACCUCCGCAGGAGCCUCAAAAAGAUGCCAAAAAUUCAAACACGGCCCGUUUUGUCGGGAAUGACAACAAUGCUUAUGACAAUGACCUUGAAUUGUCUGACGACCUUGAACUUUCCGAUGAAGGUCAUGGUCAUACCCAUAUUCAUCUAAUGGAUGAACGAACUCUUCUUUUGAGCAGCUUCGAGGGGAUGGAGAGUACACUGGUAUAGUUGUUCGGCUGAUUAGUUUGGGUGAUUACUGAUAGGCGGCACCAUUGUCAGUUUGCCGAUAUAUCAGCGUUUAGAAAUGGUCUAUCAAAAUGAUGUGUUUUCCAUAAGAUGCUUGUACACUUUCGUCUUAGGCUGGUUAACGCAUGCUCAAAAUACGCCACCUACCAGCCAUUGUUCAAACUUAUAUAUACCUAUAAAUACCGGUAUUCAAAAUUUAUAUCAACAAAUGAGUGUCUAAAUAAUCUGCUGUCAAAUUAAUUUUAUUUCAGAUAAAUUCUUUAUAAAUAAUUCUGAGUGUAUGGACAUAAUUGUAUAGAUAUCCAGUUUUCACUGUUUUUAUUUUCCCUGCCGGUGCCAAAUUGUAAAGAAUAAUUUAGGAAUUUAAAAAAAAAUGGUUAGAAUAUUAGUUAUAAACAACAGCUCUCCUGAAUCAUCUUCUCCUGCAGUUCUAAUGUCCACCUACAUGAACUCUCCCUUUAAAGGAGUACGCCGUUUGUGGGUCCGAAAAAUAGAAAUGCAGUUAUACACAAUGCCAUUGCAUACAUGUAGUGCAUUUAUGAUGCAUCUUCGCUGUAAAUUGGUAUACAGUAUUCAUAUAUCUAUCUACCCCAUUAAUGGCAAUGUUGAAAUUUAUAUUCAAAACGUAUUUUUGCAAAGGGAAAUACUACGCCUUUCACACGUAAUAUGGGCCUUUUGUUCAUUUGCCCAUCAACUGGCUUAAUAAUGUCUACACAGUAUGUUAAAGGGGUACUAUAGGGAGGAGCAGGGGGGUUAAAUUGACCAUCUUUUGGUGACUUAUAUGCACAGCAAGGGUACAAGGGAAUAGUGCUCACGUUUAUCUGAAUGGGCAAAUAUUCAAAUGUGUUGCCAUCUAUAAUAGCUGUAUCAAACUAAGUCCCCCCCUCCCCAACGUGGAAAUUGCAUGACUAGUGCUGGUGAAUUAAAAUUAUAAAAGUGCAUGAUGUGCAAUGCUCAUCACCUGCAUACGGUGGGGACAUUUGUGACAUAAUAGCACAUCACCCGCAACAAAAGGGUUAAUGAGGGUUGCAGUAAACUGGGCUGUAGUACAGGUAGUGCAGGCAUGAAAGAUUACAGCAUGGCGAUGGUCUCGCUUUAGCCAUGAAUCCCUGAACAGUCAUUUUUUAAGUAGGGUUGGACUUAUUCCACAAGAGGAGUCGAUUUACUUUCACACCCAGUCUUGAUUUCCACGCAGUAGUCUGAGAAACAAUCGAAUUCUAAAAGAGCUGCUGUCUAUUGGUUAAAUAUGAACUUAAUAUUCCUUUAAAGGACCAUUGGCAUUAUGAAGGGCAAUAUUACCCAGCUAUCGGCUGCCAAGUCACCUCCUAUUCUACAUCAGUAGUUCCCAUCAACAAAUAGCACAAAAAAAGGAAAGAUUAAAAUCUGAAUGAAUAAUCGUGCUUUCCCGACGUUGACUCCGAUUUGACCCGAUUUAGCUCUCAGGCGUGCAGACUCAUGUGGCCGGAAAUUUGCGCCAGCACUUGCACGUACUGAAAAUAACGAAUAAUGCGUUUUUCUACUAAGAGCUGAAACAGAACUUGAAAAGCAUCAAACUCGUUCACAAAAAUAGUUUACUGAUGAACCAACAGAAGAACCACCAUACUGCAAUAAUAAUCCCAAUGGCCCUUUAAGAUUGUACAUAAUGCUUUUCGCUGAUAUGUGAAUUGAUUUCUAUUCAAAGGGAGACUAUAGGCAAGAGCUAGCGUCCCAAUCGGUGAUCUCCAGGACUGGUGACCUGAGUACACACAGUUAGGCAACUGGGUCUGGUCUGACUUCACCCUGUGGAAUUGGCAGCAACCUCUCCGAUAUCCUGCCUCUUCGUGUAUUAUUGCCAACCACCUCUCCGAGCAAAUCCAAAUCCUGUCUGUAAACUGACUCCUUUGUAUGGACCCGGACCUUUCAUCCAACUUACAGCUUCCCAACUGUUGGAAACCCAAGGAGCCAUGAUCGGGCAUUCAACAAACCAAUGUUCAACUCUGGCUUCAGCAUUUGAGCUGCUACAGUUGAGAUUAUCUCAUUUCGAUUUCUCCCGUGCAAACAACCGACUCUCCUAUGCUGAAACGCUGGAACCAGGGAUGCAACAUACAGUUUGAAACCUAGACAUAGCUCUUUGGUGGUCCUGGCAUAGCCUCGCCACAGUGAGAAAGCUGCUAGUUAUGGCAGUCCAAUGCGGUCACAAUUACCCUAUUCCCGUUCAAUGCUAUUUCUUUCCCGUUGUACGGGAAUUGCACUCCUGUUGAAGAGCAAGUUUGAAUAAAGCUGAUGAGAUGUUAGAUAGUACCGACACCCUCCUCGAUCUGGCCUACCUCACACUUGCCUAUAGUGUCCCUUCAAGAUGUAUAUAAACUUCCUUUACUGUGAUGUUAUCGGGCGAUAACUGUUAGCAGCAGUUUAUAAGAGGCAGAAGUUAGCAAAAAACAUGUUUUUGACCAUGAUUUUGGCCGAGAAUUGUCAGAAAGUGUCAGUUGCCCCACCCCGACCAAAAAGCUAGCUCCGCCACUGGUGUAGACACCAGUUGAAAAACUUUUAAAAAUACCAGUUUGAGUUGAGUCCAUCAUGGGAAUGAGGGAAUUUUCAACAAAGAAACCAUGAGUACCAAUGAAAUUUGAUGCCCAUGUUACAUGUAUGUUUUGGGACGUCAAUUCAAUUACAAAUUUGAUCUCUAGAAAUUAAUGCCAGUUUUUGAGUUGUCUUAAAGUGAAUAAAUUAUUUAUGGAAAAAUUUUAGUUAUUGACUU